AAAUACAAAAGUUGUAACACUGUAGGCCAUUACUGUCACCAAAAUGUGAUUAAAAAUUGAUUAAUCAUAUGAACCCACCUUCUUCCUCAACGUCUAUAAAAAAGCCUUCUCCUUCUGCAUUCCUCUUUCACUCGUUCAUUUGUAAGGAGAAGAAUAAACUUUCAUCAAUUCUUGAGAGAAAAAAAACACAAACCCCAAAAAGAAAAAGCUCAUAAAUAAGAUCAAAAGCUGAAAAAUCAGAGAACAGAGAUGACAGGUUUAGGAUCUCCAUGCGGAGCAUGCAAGUUCUUGAGGAGGAAAUGCGUGAAGGGGUGCGUGUUCGCGCCUUACUUCUGCCAUGAAGAAGGGGCCUCUCAUUUCGCAGCCAUACACAAAGUGUUCGGAGCGAGCAAUGUCUCGAAGCUUCUGUCUCAUAUUCCGCUCAAAGACCGGUCUGAAGCCGCUGUAACCAUCUCUUACGAGGCUCAGGCUCGCCUUCACGAUCCCAUCUACGGCUGCGUAUCUCACAUCUUCGCCCUCCAGCAACAGGUUGUCAGUCUUCAGGCGCAACUGGCAUUUUUAAGCGAAGAAGCUUCUAGAAGGAUCGUGGGGAGGAAUUCUACGGAACCCGAGUCACGGCUCAGCCCGAGUCACAUGGAUCUUGCGGCGGCGGCGGCGGCUGUGUACGGAGGCUCGACGGUGUUCAUGGAGGGUGAAGAACAUAACCUUCAAGAUUCAUUCUUUGGCGGCUCGCAUGAGUCUCAGAGCUAUGCUUCCAUGUUUUCAUCUCUAGAUGCUAAUGAUCUUCAAUCCCCUGUAAUGGGCUAUAUGAACCAUUGAUACAUGAGCAUUUGAUCAA